AUGAGCGGCCUGGAUUCGGGGUCGUUCAGGCGACCGUUGGAUUCGGACACUGUAGCGACGCGGUUCCUGCACGGGCGGCACAGCGCGAUGCAGUUCGCAGUUAUGCAGCUGGGCGUGUGCACGUUCAAAUGGGACGAAGGGAGAAAAGAGUUCAUUGUUCACCCGUUCAACUUCAAGGUCUUCCCGCGGUCGGAGAUCCCGGGCUUUAAGGGCGUGCCGGCACACUCCUUCCAGUGCCAGCCAUCGUCGUUGGAGUUCCUGGCAGCACACCACCUCGACUUCAACUCCUGGGUGCACCACGGAAUCUCGUACCUGUCGUACGAGCAAGAGGAAGCCGCAUGGAAUUUUCUCGAGAUCCCUCCCCCGUCAGCAACAGCCACCAAUAUAGCCGCAGGCUCCAGCCAAAAAGGAGCUGCUGACGUGGCACAGCCAGCCAAUCGCACGCAAUUCAGCACAAGCACCAGCAGCACAAGCAGGUACAGGUGGCGGGACAGCAGCGACAGGAGUGACCCGUCAAGCCCGCCAUUCCCCGGGGUGCAGUUUGCAGUGAAGAGCCUGGCCCGCGUUGACCUGUGGCUCGCACAACUCCGAGCAGCAGCACAGGAGGUGGAGCAGGAGCAGGAGGAGCAGGAGGAGCAGCAGCAGGAGGAGCAGCCUUUGGCAAAGGGCGUUGCGAGUAGUGUGCUUGGGGAGGGUCCAGAGGGAUUUUCACGGGAGGCUGCGGUAAGGGGUGUGGGAGGGGACGGGAGCAGCAGCAGCAGCAGUGGUUUACAGCCUGCGUUAGCAGCAGUGGUUGGGAAGAGGCCUUGGCUCUCUCUUCGAAUCAACGACGCAUUUAACUGCCAUGCUGCCGACCAGGCAAUUCGUCAUAAGCACCCCUAUCUGGCGUCACAUGAGGAGCGGAUCGGUGCGUACAAGAAAGUGCGGCUCUUCCUGUGCAAGUCAAAGGAGGAGGCUGAGAGGCUGCAGGAGAGACUGCUGGAGCUGCGGCAGGCGGGGGCAGCAGCGGUGGUGCGCAGAGCAGUGGGGGUGAGGCGAGUGGUGGAUGCCGUGUCUCUGGCGUGCCAGAGUAAACCUCUUGUGGCACACUCCUGCUUCCUUGAUCUCUCCCACAUUCUGCACAAGUUUGUGGGCCACGUUCCGCCCUCCCCAGCACUCUUCUCUCGCGAGGUCCGCCGGCUCUUCCCCGCCCUCUUUGACACCACCUGCCUCGCUGCUGCCUCGCUUGUGGCACAGGAAGCUGCGAGCACCAACAGGCGGGCGUCGCUUGGUGCGCUGUAUGAUACUUCCCGGAACCUUCCGUUUGUGGAUGGGGCGCCCAUGCGAGUGCGGUUCAGUCACGAGGCUGGCAGAUACUCUGCAUCCAACGGCCAGGAUCCAAGGCACGAGGCAGCAUACGAUGCUUUCAUGACAGGAGUGGUGUUCGCCCAGACCUGCCACCGCCUGGGCAAGGGCACUCGGGAUAUCCACCUGGACCUUGCCACGGGGCACGCUGCCAUUGGCUCUCGUGCCGCUCCCCUCCUCGCCUCCCUUGACACUCUCACACAUGGAACCUCUUAUUCCUUUUCCUCCUUUUCCCCCACUACCAGCACCCCCCGCAGCACCAGCACCAGCACCAGCACCAGCACCACCAGCAGCAGCAGCAGCAGCAGCACCAGCAGCAGUGGCAGGGAGGAGGAGGAUCGGUCCAACGUGCUCUUCCUGUGGGGUCUGCCCCCGUCCCUCCCUCACCAGCGCCUGCGCUUCCUGCUCCGAGGGGCCCUGGGCCGCAACACUCCCUUGGAUCUCGAACCUGUUGAUAGUGGCGCUGCUUUGGUGCGGUUCGGCAGCGGCAAGGAGAGGGACGUGGAGAAUCUGGGCAAGGUUAUGUGGAGGCUGGGACGAGCGUUAGUGGGAGGGGCAGGGCGUGGGAAAGGUGGUGAUGAUGGUGGUGGUGGUGGUAGUGGUGUGAGAAUACGGGAUGGAGGGGAGAGGUUGGGAGAGAGUGAAGCGGUUGCGAAGGAGAUGGUUUCGCUUGGGAUUCGUGCCGCACCUUUCUCUGCGUUUGUCACCUUGUGUGAGUCUACUGUUCCGUUUUUGUCCGCUACUGAGGGUGCAAAUGUUAUAAGGUUGGAGGAGUAUCUAGUGUCUGCCGCCCAGAGAUCCCCGGAUCAUGCGCAUUCUGCCAAAACAAGCCGAACCAGCAGGAAGGAAGGGCGGGGAGCAAGAUGUUGGAAACAAUAA